CAUAAACCCUUAAGACGUUUAAACCUUCUUCACCUCUGCGCCCUCAUUGCCUUCCUCACCCACACACCCACCCACCGGCGGAACAAAAUUCUCCGAACCGUUCAAAUUCCAUGGAAGACGAACACACAGAGCCAUUCAAGGACGGUGCGGACCUCUGCCAGCAGCUCAUGGACCGCUACGCCAACUCCGCCGCGCCGCAGCACCGCCACCUCCUCGCCACCGCCGCCGCCCUUCGCUCCAACCUAGCCGUGGAGCGCCUCCCCCUCACGCCGCCUGCCUACUUCGCCGCCGCCAUCUCCGCCCUUGACGCAGCAGAGGCGGCGCUGGAUCCCGUUGCGCUCUCCGCUCUCGUGUCCUUCAUGGCCAUCGCCCUCCCCCUCGUCCCGCCCGGCGGCAUCGCUGCGCUGAAGUCCCACGAGGCGGCCGCGAUCCUCAUCGUGGCACUGGCCAGGGAGGGGGAGGGAGUCGGCGUGGCGUGCGUGAGGGCCAUGGUGAAGUGUUUGGGGGUUUUGAUUGGGUUUUGUGACUUGGAGGAUUGGGAUGGAAUUAGAUUAGGUUUUGAAACCUUGCUCAAGUUCUCCAUUUGCAAGCGCCCCAAGGUACGCAGAUGUGCUCAAGAAUCUGUUGAGAAGGUUUUCAAGUCUAUCAAAUCCUCCACAGUUACCAAGGAAGCUAGCAAGUUUGUUUUGUCUGAGCUGAAAAGUUGCAGUGCUUUGGCACUGAAAUUAAAUGCUUUGAGCACUUCUGAUGAAUGUAAAGAAGAUAAGGUUUUGAAACAUGAACACCUGGAGGUCCUACAUUUACUGAAUUUAAUUAAUCUGAUUGCUCCAUAUCUUUCUGCAGAAGUCAUUCUGAAAGUUCUUUCAGAAGUGCGUAAAUUAUUUAGUUUUAAGUUUUCAGAACUUGCAAGGCAUGCUCUUAAAACUAUUAAAGCUAUUUUUGAAGCUUUGAGAAUCCAAAAUAUAGUGCUAGAGACAGAGGACAUUGUAGUCUCUCUUGCUUCAUUUGUAUCUUUGGGAGAUAGGAACCCCUUGGAUACUGUGAUUUUUGCAGCAAAAUUAUUAGGAGUUGCAAUGGACUUACUUUAUAACGGACAGUCAAACUUGUGGAUCAAGAAUCUCCCUCCAGUUUGUAGAUCUGUGAUGGGUCUUCUAGCUUUUGAAGGAAACACUGCAUCACAAGCUUCAAGUAUUUUGAAUGAUGUGCUCAAGCAUCAUGUUGGUUCCUUAAGCUUGUUAAUGGGCACAGAUCAAACAUUUCAUGAUAAUUGUCAGGAAACUGUGGAAGCUAAUGCAAUAAAAGCAACAUGUGCAGUUUUUGAGAAUGCCCUUUCUGCCUCUGAUGGAAUUCCAAAUGAUCAUGUUUUGUCAGUCAUAUCUGUUUUAUUUCUUGAGCUUGGAGAAUUCUCAUUUGUGUUGAUGAGGAAUAUUGUGCUUAAACUUGCUGACUUGAUGACUCAAAUUUCUGGAGGCAAGGUUCAUAAUGAGCAUCUUGAGAAAUGCAUUGGGUCUGCUGUUUAUGCUAUGGGGAUAGAGAGAUUUCUUACACUUGUACCUAUAUCUCUUAAUGAACACAGCUAUACUUACUCAAAUAUUUGGCUUGUACCUAUCUUGAAGCAAUAUGUUACUGGUGCAUCACUUGCAUACUACAUGGAGCAUAUCAUGUCUCUUGCCAAGUCCUUUAAGAAGGCUAGUCAAAAAGUCAAAAAGCCAGGGAUUAGUCAGGAUUUGCUGGCUUGUGCUUAUGAACUGUGGGGAUUGCUACCUAGCUUUUGUCGUCAUGCAACUGAUACUCACCAACAUUUUACUCGUCUCUCUGAUGUCCUUGUUACUUUUCUCAAAAAGGAUCCUUCUAUGCAUCAAAAUGUUUCCACGGCAUUACAGAUUCUUGUGAAUGAAAACAAAGCUGCACUUAUCCCUAAAAAGAGUAUGGAAGAUUGCCAUGCUGAAUAUGAUUUUUUGUCAGAGUUUGGCAUGCAACCUACUUAUUCAAAGAAAGCUGCUACCAAAAACAUAAAGUCUUUGGUGUCUUGUUCGAAUCAGUUGCUUUAUGUUUUGUCAGAUUUAUUUAUCAGUUCACUUCCUGAAACACGCUUUUGUUUAAAGGGUGCAAUUGGGUGCCUUGCUUCUGUCACUGAUUCUUCUGUAACCAAAGAGGUUUUUGUGUCUCUGCUUAAGAGUUUUCAAUUUGUAGAUUGUGAAGGUGAAGGUGAAAUAUUGACAAGUCCAGCUGGAGUGGUAGAUAGUGAUCAAAAUGACUUGAAGGGAUAUUCUCAGAGGUGUCUGAUAUUGGAAUUAGCAUAUUGUCUUGUUCAAGGAGCAAAGGAUAAUCUUAUUGAGAUAAUUUACAAUUUCACUAUACAUUCAUUUCAGGCAACUGAUGAGAGUGUUCAUCACGAAGCAUACAACACUCUGUGCAAAAUUUUAGAGGAGAAUCCAUGCUUAUCUUCUGCUCGGUACAUCGAGCUAAUUGAUUUAUUACAUGGCUUAAAACCUCCAACCUCUAUUGCAUCUCUUAGGAGUCGAUAUGCUUGUUUCCACAUGCUGAUGGUGCAUGCAGUGAAGGUUAGUUUAGAAGAAGAGGAGAACUCAAAGGCUUUUCUUAUUCUUAAUGAAAUCAUUCUCACAUUAAAAGAUGGAAAGGAUGAAACCAGGAAGGAAGCAUAUGAUUACCUCUUAAAUAUAAGUUCUACCUUGAGAGACUCAUCAUUCAUUGGUUCUAUUGAACCGUAUCACAAACUAGUUAGCAUGAUAAUGGGAUAUCUUUCUGGUUCAUCUCCCCAUAUAAAAAGCGGAGCAGUGUCUGCGCUGUCUGUAUUGUUAUACAAGGAUACAAAUCUUCCUAUCUCCGUUUCUGAUCUUGUCCCUUCUCUUUUAUCUUUGCUGCAAACAAAAGAUGUGGAAAUCAUAAAAGCUGUCUUGGGUUUUGUUAAAGUGAUGGUAUCUAGCUUAGAAGCAAGAGAACUGCAGAAUAUUCUCUCAGAAGUUAUUACUGAAAUCCUCCCCUGGUCAUCUGUUUCAAGAAAUCAUUUUAAAUCAAAGGUCACUGUUAUAUUUGAAAUAUUAUUACGGAAGUGUGGUUCUGCUGCUGUCAAACUGGUUACCCCAGAGAAAUAUAAGGUUUUUCUCAAGACAGUUCUAGAGAAUCGACAUGGCAAAUCAAGUGAAGCAGUCACUAAUGAUACAAAAAAUAUGCCUGAAGAUUCAUCUGCCAAGAGACCAGAGCGGAGGAAGCCUGAAAAUUCAGAUAACCUAGAGAAAAAUUCACUUAAGGACAACAAGAGAAAGAGGGACAAGAAAUUUGAGACAGACAUGCCUGGCCAAAAGGGGUCACUUAUGUCUACUAGUAAUGAUGGAUUAAGAUUACCCAAGAGAAGUAGGUAUUCUAACGAUAAAAAUCCUAAUGUAGGAAGGCCAGAAGAAAGUGAAAAAGGCAAGAAAAGUUGGAACAAGAGUUUCACUGGUGGUGGUGGGAAGAGAAAGGUGAAGGUAACAAGUACAGGAAAGGAUAAAGCAGCUUCUCAUGUACCUAUACAACCUUCCAAGUCUCACAAGCUGCAAAGGAAAUUCAAAAGAAAUUGAUAGACGAGUCCAAUACUCAAGCUGGCGAUACACUUCUGAGAUGUCGUAUCGCCCUGAGUUUGGUGGCAUUGAUAAUGCCAUUUUUAUACGUAACUGCAUAUAUAAGCUGGGGGAUAACAAAUCAAGCAUUACAAGCAGGAUUGUCUUUCCUGCUGAGCAACCACUAUAAUGAGGAACUUGGCACAUUCUUUGAGCUUGAUGCCUCGAGUAGGGCUGAGAAAAUGAACAGAUACAUACUGUAUGCAUAUUUUUGGUGGGAGAAAGAUCGUGGUGAGAAAAGCUGUUGUAAUGGAUGUGUGGUCAUGGUUGAUUGUGUACAUGGCUAUGUUUUGCCAUCUUUUGCCCUCGGGAGGAUUUUUAACCUUGCUGUUAAUUCUUACCAAAUAUAGUAUGUCUUAACUCUUAACAAAUGAGUUAAUCUUUUAUUAUUUUUACAUUAUUUUCCAUAUAUUUGUGAAAUAGUCAAUCAAACAUAACGCAAGAGGACCAACAAGUCGUUGGUCUGAGUGAUAUUGAACUCGAUUUUCUUAAGUAAGGUCUUAUGUUCGAGUCUUGUGGAUAGAAAAAACGUGAUUGAGAGGGGAUAAUUUCAUUAAAGGUGACCACUUAGGUUUUUUGAUGAA